AUGGUUGUCUCAGAGAAUGCUAUUAGUGCUGAUUUGGUGUGGGAGGAAGGCCGUGUUCAGCACUCGGUCUAUUACAAUAGCAAAAGACUCCUCGGAGCAGAGUCUAGGUACCCGCUAAUGGAGAAGUUAACUUUUUUCCUCAUGGUGACUUCUCAAAAACUAAAACCCUACUUCCAAGCGCAUCCAAUUAAAGUCCUCAUAAACCAUCCCCUUAGGCAAGUCCUUCGAAAGCUAGAGUCAUUACGAAGACUUUUGAAGUGUUCGGUGGAGUUGAGUCAGUUCGGCAUCACCUACAAUCUGAGGACUGCUAUAAAAGGUCAGGCACUAGCCGAUUUCAUCGCUGAGUGUAUAGGGAAUCAUGAGAAGCCUCAAGGUAUCCCAGUGGUUGGACCAGCCUGGAAGUUGUAUGUGGACGGGUCUUCAAAUGAGAAUGGUGCCGGAGCUGGACUCGUUUUGGUUUUCCCUGAGGGGCACAGAGUGCACAGUGCACUCCAUUUUGGGUUCAAUGCCUCUAACAAUGAAGCGCAACAUGAAGCCUUAAUCGCUGGACUCCAAGUUGCUCUGGAGCUCAAGGCCGAGGGCCAUGAAAUUUUUAGCGAUUCUCAACUCGUGGUAAACCAAGUACUCGGAGAGUACCAGGCUCGAGGAACAAAAAUGGCAGUGUAUCUGGCAAAGGCUCAAGAAAUGUUGCAUAACUUCAGAAGAUUCACUAUUCAGCAUGUGCUACGAGAGUAUAAUUCCAAUGCCGACGCCCUGGCUAAGUUGGCCACCACCAAAGACGCUGAGUUGAUCAAUAUAGUCCCCAUUGACUACUUGGAUGCUCCGAGCAUCUCAGCUCCCGACGAGGUGGAAGUUAUACAACCCCAAGAUGGCUGGAUGGAACCAAUAAUAAAAUAUCUUGUCUCUGGGGAGCUACCCCAAGAUAAGAAGGCAGCUCGAAAGGUGCUCUAUCAGGUACCUUGGUACACAAUCAUGGACAGUAAACUAUAUCGACGAGGUUAUUCUUUUCCUUUUCUCCGAUGUGUGUCCAAGCAAGAAGCCAGACUGAUACUCUGA